GACUCCUCUGUUUACAGGCAUCCGGAGAAACAUGGAGGACACCGCUGGCAGUAAUCCCCAAUCUCUCGGAUUUACAGAGAAGUUAAAGUCUUGGCUCUCUUGGUCAUGGACCUACGUGUGCUUCAUUUGGUUCGGCAUGGUGCUGAUCAUGAUCUACGUCCUGUGGAGCCCGCUGAAGCUGCAGGAAUCCCUCACCUCAGCUUCGAUGUUUCUGAACACGUUGACCCCCAAAUUCUAUGUGGCUCUGACCGGAACCUCUUCUCUCAUCUCCGGGCUCAUCCUUAUAUUUGAGUGGUGGUAUUUCCGUAAAUACGGGACCUCGUUCAUUGAGCAAGUGUCGGUGAGCCACCUGCGUCCUCUUCUGGGUGGAGUGGAGAGCAGCUCCACCACCGGCCUGUUUGCAUCGGUCAACGGAGAAGCCGAGCCUCGGCCCAGUGUUUCAGAGUGUAAGGUCUGGAGGAACCCUUUGAAUCUGUUCAGAGGAGCAGAGUACAACCGGUACACCUGGGUAACAGGGAAGGAACCCUUGACGUACUAUGAUAUGAACCUGUCAGCUCAAGACCAUCAGACCUUCUUCACGGGAGACACUCCACAGUUGAGACCAGAAGAUGCUGUGAUGCAGAAAGCCUGGAGGGAGAGAAAUCCUCAAGCCAGGAUCAGAGCCGCUUAUCAGGCCAUAGAAAUGAACCAGGAAUGCGCUGCAGCCUACGUGCUUCUAGCAGAGGAGGAAGCCACAACCAUCACAGAAGCUGAGCGCCUCUUCAAAAAAGCCCUUACUAUUGCUGGAAAAGACAUCAACUUGCUGGUGUACAUUAAACGCAGACUGGCAAUGUGUGCACGCAAGCUCGGUCGGAUUAAAGAAGCGGUGAAAAUGAUGAGAGAUUUAAUGAAGGAAUUCCCACUUCUGGGAAUGUUAAAUAUACACGAAAACCUCUUGGAGGCCCUUCUAGAGCUUCAGGCAUAUGCCGAUGUCCAGGCGGUCCUCGCCAAAUAUGAUGACAUCAGCUUGCCAAAAUCAGCCACUAUAUGCUACACAUCUGCCCUGUUGAAAGCGCGGGCUGUAUCAGAUAAGUUCUCGCCAGAGGCCGCGUCUCGGCGAGGGCUGAGCACGGCGGAGAUGAACGCCGUGGAGGCCAUACACAGAGCCGUCGAGUUCAAUCCACACGUGCCAAAGUACUUAUUAGAGAUGAAGAGCCUGAUCCUCCCUCCGGAGCACAUCUUGAAGAGGGGCGACAGCGAGGCCGUGGCGUACGCGUUCUUCCACCUGCAGCACUGGAAGAGGGCGGAGGGAGCCUUAAACCUCCUGCACUGCACCUGGGAGGGCACCUUCCGGAUAAUUCCCUACCCUCUGGAGAAGGGUCACCUGUUUUACCCCUACCCGGGGUGCACGGAAACGGCAGACCGGGAACUACUGCCCUCAUUCCACGAGGUGUCCGUGUACCCGAAGAAAGAGCUUCCCUUCUUCAUCCUCUUCACAGCGGGCCUUUGCUCCUUCACUGCCAUGCUGGCCAUGCUCACGCAUCAGUUCCCCGAGCUCAUGGGUGUCUUCGCCAAAGCAUUCUUCAGCACACUCUUUGCGCCGCUGGGUUUCUUCGCAGACAAGAUGGAAAGCUUCAUGCCGUCCAGUUUUUGGCACCAGCUGACUCGAAUCUGACCCCAUCUCACACACACACACAAGGCACAUAGAGACACGCACACACACACACACACACACACACACCAAUACCACUCCAAACCCUCAGACAAAAAGUGUUUGCUCUCCUGUCUUCAGCAUUACUGUCCACUUGCUGCAUUGUUACUGAUUACGUUGGCUGAGGUCGUGUCAACACGGCGAAGCCACUCUCGGGACGCCCUCCCACGCUGUUCCAUCGGCCGCAGCAUUUCCAAGAGCACAUUUAGUGAAAACCUUCUGUAACCAUUCCAAGGGUUUCUAAUUAGUCAUGGCGUUCGCCCUGCAGCAGGUUGAAGAUUCGAAGUUUCCCACAAAGCCUCGCUGCGCAUUUCUGGUGCACAUAUUAAAUCAGGAGUUUGUUAGAGGCACUCUUCUGUUCCAUCACAAUAAUAAAUAAUUCAUGGGGCGGGGGGGGGCCUUGUUUUUAAUCUUACUGUCUGGUCAGAUGAGUAAAUAAGGUUUAACCGGCGCGUUACUGACACCCGGAACGUACACAGGAAUAACUGUAUGUACAGUAAGGACGCUCUUUGUGGAACAUGUUUACCAAUUUGGUCCCAUUGUUUCUCUUUUUCCGCGCUCAGUUAUUUAUUCCCACCACACAGAGGUCUCAUCGGAUCUCUGCGAUGGGACCCUGUGUGUCC